AUGAGUGAGGACAACACAGUAACCAUACUAGACUUGCUUAACCUCUCCUUGGGCACUCCAGAAAUAGGAGCUGUCAACUUUAAUCUUCUUCAUCGUUUUUUACUGGAGUUGGUUAAACAUUUUUCAAUAGCACGAAAACAGAUCGACAUUGCAGAUGAUAUCUGCAUACAAUCUGCCUUGGAAGAGACACGAAUGUUGAGCGGGACAAAGUCGCAGACACAUUUCCUUGGAUACAGCAGUCUCAGUGACCAAGCUGAUGGGAAACGUACGCGUUUGAGUGAAUUGAAAACACGCGAUAGUUCAACAGCGUUCGAUGGUGGGAAACGCGGCAGUGAAAUAAGAUCAAGAGAUAGCAUGAAUGCGUUGGAGAAGCUUGAUACAACUGCGAGUGGGGUGCAAGUCAAGGAUAGCAUCAGUGAAAUAGUGAGACCUGAUGAAGGUGGUAGUCGUACCGGACAAGAUAGAGGAAAAGUGGUAGGAUCAGUCGAGAUUAAAGAUAGUUUGCAAACAAAACGCAGCCCAGGCACAAGCCUUCCGGGACAAGGAAUCGAAAGCAAAGGAAGUAAAGAGAAUUUACAAACAGAAGAAAGCCCCAGUGGCAGUGGUAAAGGACAAGGAUUAGAAGCAAGUGGAAGCAAAGAAAAUUUGCAAACAAAGCACAAUACAGGUAAAAUGAUUAAUUGUGAAAUUACAUCGAAAAUUUUCAACACUGGGCUACGUUAAACUGUAAAACACCUAUGAUAUUAUUAUUAGAUAUCAGCCUUUGUCUAUAAUGUUUUGUAUAAUCAACUGUCUAUUUAUUCAUCUACAGGUGUGAGUCUUGAUGGACAAAUGAAAGAAACAACGGAGAGUAAAGAGAGCUUGCAAACAAAACGUAGUACAGGUGAAAUGAAGAGUGUUGGAGAAGCUGAAUCUGGCCAGAGUACGAGCUCAGAUCAAAAGGGAGUCAAAAGUGCUGACGGGAAGGGAAUCAAAACUGCUGACGAGAAAGAUACAAAAGAAGAAACCAAACAACGCAGUCCAGAUGAGAAAACUCAGUUUAAAACUGAUUCUCCUCUGUCACAAAUAACACAUUCACCACAAUUAGCUUUGCCUAAUCUCGCAGGAAGAUCUGUUUCUUCGGUCACAAAGGAAAGCAAACGUACUUCCCCUGCCUCGAGUAAAACAGAUAUACUCAAACGAAGCUUUUUUGAAAUGGUUCCAGGUCUUUCUCAACUGGAAAGAAAGAUUUCCAUUCUUGAGGCUAAAUUUGAAUCCCUGUCCGCAGCUCCUACUAAUUUGGAAAUCGUCCAACAAGCCCGAGACUUGCAAAGCCGAGACAGCAGUACGACCGCAGCAGGAGAUAUGUGGCAGGCAAUGAAUCUCGUUCGUAGAAUUGAAGUAGCUGAAGGAGCAAUUAACGGUAUCACAGCCAUGUUGGAUGAUAUCAGUGAACAAUUGAAGAAGAUGAAAGAGGAUUCUCCCGAUGGAAAACUUAAAGAACUGUCGAACAAGAUCAAGAAUAUGAGUGAUACAAUGACGGAAAUUGACGGGAAGUUGAAGAAUAUCGUACAUAAAACUGAUUUGAAACCUUAUAUAACAGUGAUGAAGAUGAAUGAGAUGAUGGAAUUUAAACUGAAAAAUUAUCGGCAACUAUCUCCAACAGUCCCAAAGAGCCCUAAGAAAACAUUAAGCAGUAAGCUAGCGCAAACUGAGACGAUAGAAACCAGCAGUCAACCAGCGCAAACCUCUCCGACAAUAAGUAGAGCCCAAACUGCAAAGUCAGAACCGAGCAGCGAUGAACCGGGGAAACCUGUGGAAACACGAACCCAAAGUAGUGAGAAAGCGCAGACGGAGACAACAGCAACUACAACAACAGGAAGUGAUGAACCGGCAGAAAGAACAAGUGAUGAACAACCACAAACUGAGACAACAUCAACAAUAGUAAACGAUGAACAUACGCCAUCGAAGUCACCAACACCAAAUAGUGAACAAGCAGAGCCUGAAACGACUGGAACAACACCAUUUAGUGAAAAAGCGGAAAGCGAACAAGCAGAUUAUGAUGGAACCGCUUGUUCAGAAGUUGAAAGUAUUGGUGCCGCAUCAUUUAGAGCUGAAGAACGAGGUGAAAAGGACGAACGACGCGGUAGUCUUACUACUGAAGCUUUUGAAGAACUUUACAUGACAAUGCAUGAUUGGUCUGACUUCCGCGAAGAAGCUGCUCAGAAAAUACAUGAUCUCGAAGAAUGCUUAUCAAAUACCGUUGAUAAAAAUUCCUGGUCGAAUAUGGAGCAGGAAUUGAAGAACCUGGCAGAGAUUCAACAACAAGUGAAGGAUGAGUUAAACAAACUAGCACAGAUGCAAGACCUUUCACUUCCUAAACCAAUCGCUUCUCAACAAGACCUCAGUCAGUUAGAAACCUCUCUGGAAGGACAAUUACAAGGCUUGGGUAAGAGUUUACAAGAAAUGAAACAAAAUUUCUUCCAGUUGUAUGAAAUGAAAGAAACUGUUGGUGGACUUAAAGAAUCAGAAGAUCAUAUGAAGUCUGAUGUUGAAAAUAUCCGAAAAGAAAUUAUGAAGAUUAUGAAACAACUCGACGAUGAACAAGGUGAGACAUAGUAAGAUAUUUUUGUUGAUUGAAUGUUGUCUAUUAUUAUGACAUGAUUAUGUGUUAAAUCCUAGUGACAGGAUUUAACACACAAUAAACACAUAAUAAACUGUGAUGGUAAUAAACUGAAAAAUGAUUUAAGACUCUCGUUUCCAACGUUUCGAGCGAAGGCACUUCGUUAGGAAAUUAAUCGCUCACUAACAGUGGAGGUCGACUUGGAGUAAGUCUAUGAAAUUAAUAGCCAGUUCUGGUUUGUAGUAGUUCCCCAUAAUUUCUCGUCGAAGGCCUUCGCUGGAAAGAUCGGUAGUUCAAACACAAACCAUCAGAGUUUAUUGAAGAAUUCUACCUACACUGGACAAUCACGUUUGGUUACAUGUACGUUACAGGUCGUGUAAAAGUAGGAGUGAUCCAGGGAAAGUAGUUACUCAUUGUGGAAAAAAUUAUGUGUUUAUAUUCGAGUUUGUUUCUGUGUUAUUUUUACUAAACCUUGCAUUUAAAAAAAACAGGAAUCAUUUUAAGGUACAUCAAAUGACUUCGUAUUCAAUUAUCGGACAACCAGUGUUUCAAUAACCCUCAUAAAUUAAUAAAUUAUUCUCUAUCGUCCAUAAGUGUGAGUGUGAUGUAGUAUUUUAUUCUAUUGCAGAAAGGAGUCUCUAUUUGAAAAUAUUUGUCAAGUAUAUAUACGCCAGUGUAGCUAGCCUGUGUACAGACUGUAGACAGGCUGACGCAAAUUAAUGCAAAACAUUAAAAUAAUUGUAGAACAGAUGUAUACACAACAUAACUGACAGUUUUGUUCAGAGCGGCGCCAAAACUGACAUUAAUAAUAGCCUUUAUAGGACGAGACAUGGACACAGCUGAGUUUUAAUGAUGAAUGUUAUUACGAUUUUCUUUUUGGAUCCGUGGUGCUUAUCGCCAUUAAUUCUCAACAUUUUCCCCUCUAGGAGUAUAAAAUUGUUUAAAGCGAGUAAAAUAACAACGUAAAGGGCGCAUUGGAGCUCAUUGCGGCCUAAUGGGUCAACAAGAGACAUGCAUGGGCGGAUAGACUGGUUAACCAAAUGACGCCCAUGCAACAUCUUCCCCUUCAGGAAUGAUUUUUUGUUAGAGUAAAAUAGUGCUCAUUAUUGCUGUAUAUAGGUUUUGCUAUAUAAUUAGUCGCUGGGGCACUCUGUGCCUCCAGCUACUAUAGGUUUCGGCUUCAUCGCGGAUUGUUGGUCACAAAAUGACCUACGUCAUUUUUUUGUCAAACAUUACGUCAUUACUUUCAGUCGCUGGAUUCAAGAUGGCCGCCUAUUUGGAGCGUAUUUGGAAAUAGUUUCAUCGAUUUUGUGCAUAUUUUCUUCAUUUUUUCGAUGAAACUUAAUAGUUUUCCAUCAGCCAGACUCUAUAAACCGAAAGUCAUCUUAUAUGAGUAAACUUGGAAGGCUGGAAGCCUGAAAUAGACGACAAAAGUUCACAAUUUUCACAAAGUUGGAACUUCGUAAAUUGCAACAAUAUUCUCAAGUUGCUGUUUAUUUGGAUGUAAAUAGAAUCUGCUUAAUGGGACAAGGGUUUAAUAGAGCUUUUUGCCUUGCUGGCAAAUGAUAUUUUAAAAGCUCUCAGGACAGCUGUUAUCUCACAAUAGGUAUUGUACAAUUCAAACACACAGAACAUAUUAAUUUGUAUAAUAGAUAAAUUUGGCAAAGUUAGUUACAUUGUUGCUAUGCAAUUCACAACUUUAAAUAUUCAUGCCUAGUUAGUGUUCUACAGUAGUUCACACAUAGAAUAGAACAGAGGUAACUAAGCAUUUGAUAAGCCCUAUACACUAUAAAAGUCAUUCAUUCAUUCAUGUAGCUAGAUAAUUCUAAAGCUUAGUUAUCUUUGUUCUAUACUCUAUGCUUCAGUACACUAGAACAAUGAUACUUAAGGCUGCAUUCCAGUUACGCGUUUUUCAUAGGUGCGUACACGCACGUAUGAAAAACGCGUAACUGGAAUGCAGCCUUAAGGCAUGCGAUUUAUGUAAAGUUGUGAAUUGGAUAUAACCAAACUUAGACAAAUUUGUUUAUCGUCUAUAGUCCGGGGACUUGUUUGAUGAACUUUGUUUUAAUUUUUCCUUGAAUCCCAUUUUUGACAAAAACAAUUUUAUUAUAUGAACACAUAAACUUAACAAACAAAUAGCAGUCUUAAUCUCAAUCGCAUGCAGCAUAAUAUGCAAUAGCCCCAGCGACUAACGCUCAAUAGAGCGUCUUGUUUGACUUAAAAUGCACCCACAGUUACUCAAAAUAUCAGUUGAGUAAAAUUACUCAAAAUGACUAGAUUUGCUCAUAAAUUUGAGUGAUUUUACUCAAAUUUUAAGUCACUUUGCAUGCAUGGGUGUAUUAUUUUACUCAAGGUUUUAAGUCAAAAUACUCCAGAUAUUUUGCAAUGUAACGUGAUAGAUAAUUUAGAGAAAACUUCGUCCUAUACCGAUGCAUAUGAAUGUAUUUUUUAACUUGCUUAGUGAAAAGGUUAGUCCCUGUGUUUGUUGUGAAAAUCUGUAAGGAUUUUAGGAGAUGCCCAAGGAUAUGUGUGCUUCCAGUAGGCCAUUUCCAAAUUACGGUUAAAUGCUCACAGACAGUAGACAACGAGUAUCCCCAUUCGCAGGUUGGGUCCAAUUUGCGAACGGGUUUAUAUAACUGAGUGGGGGCCAAAGCCCAUUUUGCCCAUCCCCAGUCAAAGUCCUUUUCUCUAAAAUAUGAGCAAAAACAUUGGAAGAAAAAUGGAAUUUAGAAGGGGUUUGAUAUUCUAGUAACUGAAAUUUACUUUGUGAAUCUUAUAUCCCGUCUCUUGUCUUCAAAUGAUUCAAUGUCUGUGGCAAUUGAUACACCAGGCGGAAAUCUUAUUUUAAAGAUAUUUAUAGUUAUAUAUAUUUACAAAAUAAUGGUUUAAUAUUACAAAAACGGUUAGUAGUUUGAAAGAACAAAUGAAUACAAAGAAAGGAAAAGAACUUGUCAGUAACUAUAGUUAAUAAGUAAAGAUUAAUGUUAAGUGCAUCGUUAGUAUAGUUAAGGUUAAUAUUACAUAACUAAAAUAACUCAAGAGGGGUAGAUCUAAUAUUAGCAUUAAGGACAGGGUUAAGUUGAGAUAUUAUAUAAUAGGCUUUCACGGAUAAGAAGAUCCCACUCAGAAUUAGUGCCUGAUGAUAGGAUUUUGAAAUCAGAAGCGGAGACUGGGUGUUUGUGCAUGUGUUUGUGAGCGAGUAUACUAGACAGACACAUGAUUGAGAAAAGUCAAAGGCGAGACUCCCAUAAGUCAUAACAUACUAACAUACCAUUAGAUGAGACUAUUACUAACAUACCAUUAGAUGAGACUAUUAGUAUAAUUGUUAAUAAGUGUUUCUAUAAUACCUCACGCUUUCAUGGUUUCACAGUUGAUCAAUUGACUCGACUUCUUAACUUAACUGUAAAGAAUUGUCAUUUUCUAUUUGAUGGUGUUCUUUAUAAGCAGGUUGAUGGUGUUGCAAUGGGUUCACCACUUGGUCCACUGUUUGCUAACAUCUUUCUAUCAUUCCAUGAAAAAUCUUGGUUAGCUGACUGCCUUUCUAACUUUAAACCUUUGUUUUAUCGUCGUUAUGUUGAUGAUUGUUUUCUGAUCUUUCAAUCUCGUGAUCAUGUGCUUCCCUUCCUCUCUUAUCUCAAUUCCAAACAUUCAAAUAUUCAAUUCACACAUGAACUUGAAAACAAUUCUUCGCUCCCUUUUCUUGAUGUUAAUGUAAUGCGUUCAAACGGCUUAUUCACGACCUCAGUCCAUCACAAAUGCACUUCAACUGGCUUAUUCACAAAUUUUGAUAGCUUUAUUCCAAUGAUGUACAAAAUGUCAAAAAAGGUCUUCUUUUCUCUCUUAUAUCUCGAUAUUCCAAUAUUUGUUCUUCUUACAUAUCUUUCCAGUCUGAAAUGGAAAAUUUUAAGAAAACCUUUUCUUCCAAUGGUUAUCCUAAAGCACUUAUAGAUAGUUGCAUUAAGACAUUUCUUGACAGGAUUUACAACACCAAGCACGUAUAUGCAUGCAUGUAUAACCAGAUUGUCAAACUCUGGAACACUAUUUGCAAAACAGCUCCUGUACAUGGCUUUCCCAACAUCUCAUCAUUUAAAGAAUUACUCAAACAAACAUAUCUAUAUUAUAAACUUUAUUCAAUGCAUCCUUUGAUAUAGAUAUGCCGUGAACAUGAUGGACACUGUCUCGUGACUGUCCAUUGGUUUUACACACUGUAUAAUUUACUAUAUGUAGUCUCAUGUUGACCUAUGUUAUGUUAACGUUUUAUUUUAACGGAAAGGCGCAUGGCCAUGGGUACUUCAGUCCUGUUCGCGCCUUUGCCGACUGGUUAUUUUUAAAAUGUAUUUGUACAUAUUUGUAAAUAUUAACCAAUAAAGUUGUUAAAUAAAUAAGUGAUAUUGUAACACUGUAUAUACAAAAAUCUGUUUCAGAAAACACAUGAAAUGUCCAAUAGGAGUGGAAAAAUCCAACAUUUUCUGGAGCUCGAGGACCCCAGACUCACUUACUAUGAUAUACGACACCACACUAUAGUAUGGCCCCUUUCUGUAGAUGCUCCCCCCUCCCCACGGACGAAUUCUUAAAAAAGGUCCAGAAAAAUGCAACACUAAGUCCUCUAGUAGGAAAUCUUUCUAUUACCAAACAUAUAAUUUCUCUCAAAAUAAAUGAAAACGCGCAUGUUUUUUUACCAAGUAAAAUAUAUAUAAAAAUAAAACUAUAAAUUAUUUUUACCGUUACUCAGAGGUACGAAAGGCUUUUGCAAGUGCUGUUGGUCGCAAACACUCGUUUGGUGCUGGUGACAGCGAGGAAUUUCAUCACAUUCGUUCCAGCUUACUGGAAAUGAAGAAUGACAUUGACAAACAUAACACUGCAAUGUCACAACUUGUCGAUGAUCAAAACAAGAAACAACUUCACCUCGAAGCUUUAUAUGGUCAUGUGGAUCAACUGGAGAACAUCAAGGCAGAUAGACAACAAAUCAAUCGCGAGAUUGAAGUGAAAGCUGAUCGGAAAGAAUUGGAGAAAAAAGUCAGUCAAGAUAAGUUUCAUAACAGUCUGAGCUGUUUGGAUCAAUCCGUGCAAGAUCUUGUUGAAAAGUUGGUUGGACAUGUGAGUAGAUUUUUCAUAGAUUUGCUGCUCCGAGUCUCUCUUUAUUGUGUCGUUUUGUGCAGCAUACUAUUAUGUUGUUUGCAUUUCAUACAGGAUUACAUUUCUGAAAAGAAUUCAGUUUAAUUGCUUAAUGUCUGGUUUCCAUAUUAGAUGGCAAAGGUCGCAUCGCAUGAGGUGAAGUAACGACUUCACCCAACCACAUAACCUGCAUCGAUACAAGAGAUGUAGUGACUUCACCCAACCACAUAACCUGCAUCGAUACAAGAGAUGUACUACUAUCAUGCCAUUUUCUUAGGUGUAGUUUUCUCUACUUGAAUUUGCAGGAAGCAACAUUGAAGCAAGCAAUUAACCACAUCACUUCAGAUGUCAACUCCAAAUUGGAUAAGAUGGACAUGGAUACAGUGAAGGAUUAUUUUGAGGGAAGGCUGAAAGAUCUUAAUUCCAAAGUACAACGAAAACCGAAUGAAGACAAAUCCCAAGCUGCUGCAAGUCGUUGUAUGUUACUACAACCUGCAAACUGUAUCUCAUGUGAUAGACCAGUACAUCUGUACCGUGAAGGCACUAAGUUACCCUCAUUACCCUUGAAUAAGCCACUACCUCACGGCAAGUCCAUGUCAUUUGAUCUCAGUAAUAUGCGACAGAAAAUGUAUGACGUACAUAAUCCACGUGGGAAAGACCAAACUGAGUCAUUGGGUCAGGCUAAAGUUCAAAAUGAACUGCUAAAACUGGGGUAAGGUGCAUCUUAAUUAUGAUGUAUCUCAAACGUGGGGGGUCCAGUAUAGGUAGAAUAUAUCCCAAAAUAUCUCAGUUGAGACUUGAGUGUUUGGUUCCAGUGAAGUGUCUUGAAGUUAGAAAGUCCGUCAUCUGGAAAUUAGAAACGUCAAAGUUCUUUUUAUAUUUUUUCUUGUCCUCAGUAGAUCCUUCAAGCAAGCUCGUGAUGAUAAUUCUACCAAUAGCUACUCGACGUCCUGCGAUUUUUUGAAAUUGAAAAUUUCUCUCCUUUCAACGUAAAAUUGCAAAGUGUAACACACCCCUGCAAUCGUCGUCGAGUCUAGCAACAUUUUUAUAAUUGUUGCAGGAAACGUUGCACAAAGUAGAAUCAGGUUCCCACAACAAAUGUGUUGCGAGACUUGACGAUUGAAGAGGGUGUUACUGUGUCGCAGCAAAAUUGCGAGACAAGUUUUUUUAAUGAGACUAAUUUACCGGCGAUUUUAGACGCCUCCGUGUCAUACAAACUGAUAAACCAAUUGUGAAGCAAUUUUAAUUAACCAGAGUGUUUUGAGAAAUCAAUGGACCAUUUGCAUUAUAGACUAAAUUUUGAUCUAGACAAGUCUAGACAAAAAUGUCAUCACAAGUUUAAAAAGCAUCACAAAAUUAGUAAUAUUCCAAAGUUUCGUUGCGAAAUGUUGUAAAAUGCGGAUAAUAUAGCCUUGCAAAAUUUGCAACUUUCAGUCAUUUUGUAUUACAAACGGGAAAUUGAUGCCCCAACACCCGCAAACUUCGCAAGGCUAUGGGCCAUUCCAUUUAAUAUACACACCCCCCUGUGGACGAAAAUUUCCGAGGGGGGUUGAAAAAGCCGUCUCCGAGGGGUUGUGUGCAUCGGCAUCCUUUGAUCUUUGCGUUUUUUCCGAGGGGUAAGGCAAAAAUUUCUUAAUUUCUGAAGGGGUGUUUGUGUCGGCACUUUGAUCUUUUUUUCUUAGGGGUUCAAAUUUUAUUGACUUCGUCCACAGGGGGGUGUGUACAUUAAAUGGAAUGGCCCUAUGUUAUCCGCAUUUUACAACAUUUCGCAACGAAACGUUGGAAUUUUACUAAUUUUGUGAUGCUCUUUCAACCUGUGAUGAAAUUUUUGUCUAGAUCAAAAUUUAGUCUAUAACGCAAAUGGUCCAUUGAUACCAUUCAUUUCUUUCAGAGCGAUCAAAGAAGGUGAUGAUUUCCCAGAAGUAGCUAACCGUCCUUGCGGAGGUAACCACACUCUCACAUGCCCAGAGAAACGUACCACCAUACGUGUAAACAAAGCAUAUCGAGAAGACUUACAUUUCAUCGCACAACUCUCUCAGAAAGAUCUCAGCAUCGUUGAUAUUCUUGGAUAUGAUGGUCAUGUUUAUAAAGGUCACGUGAAUCAACUGCCUUCAAUUCCCGAAGUUCCAAAAAACACAAUAGCAGGUCGGCCCACCACUAGCUCAGGCCGUCCGCGCACAAGCAGUCCUAUAUAG